AACGUCAGGUCACACAUGAGUUUUUGAUCUGGGAAAUAACCAAGAUGGGGACAGCACAGAGCACCCUGGAAAAGAAUGGCUACGUACUACAAAAAGAAACAGAAAAUGCAAUAAUACCAAAUAAUGCUGUUGUUGCCACAAAGGGAGAUGACACAUUUCUGAUAAAAACGAUCAUUUUGCAGAGGACAGUCAGUUAUGAUGACACAGCAUUAAACAAAGAGAUAGAAAUCAUCAAGGGAACAAGUCAUCCUCAUAUUGUGAGCAGCAGGGACUCCUUUAAGGAUGAACAAGACAAGAUUUGUAUCGUGCUGGACUACUGUCAAGGAGGGAACCUUGCUGCAAAGAUCACAGACAGUAGUGAGUCUGAGGUACUGAGCUGGAUUGUUGAGAUCUGUAUGGCUUUGAAAGCCAUUCAUGAAAAAGGCUUGCUUCACAAACAUCUGACCCCAGAGAACAUAUCCUUCACAAAAUUUGGAAUUGUGUGCUUGGGCAAUUUUGGAAAAAUCCAUGAAAAUUUAAAAAACACCAAGUCAACCACUAAUCUGGAGGAAACGACUUAUCUACCACCAGAAGUCUUCACAGAGGGGACAUAUGAUGAAAAAGGUGACAUUUGGUCAAUGGGAUGCAUAAUCUGGGAGCUCUGUACUAAAAAACCAGCGUUCUCAGCAGAGACGACAAUCACACUCAUGCCCAAGGUCAUUAGUGGUCCUUGCCCAUCUCUCCCAAAGAAGUUCCCACCAGAGCUUCACCAACUCCUGAAUGAUAUGUUUAGUAGAGACCCUCAAUCAAGACCAACAGCCAGUGAAAUCCUGGAGCGCCCCUUCAUCAUACGCUGUCUCUUAAACAAGACCAAAACAACUAUGGUGGAACUCCAGACCAAGCUGACCAUGCUAAGAGAUGUGGCUGAUGAUUUGGAACGUGUGCAUCAAGGUGCCACCAUCGGCAGCCUAGCAGGAGGAGUGAUUGGAGCAGUGGGGGGGAUUACAUCCAUAGUGGGCCUUAUACUGUCCCCCUUCACUUUGGGAGCCUCUCUCAUUGUCACUGGGGUUGGAGUGGGAGUGAGUGCAGUUGGUGGGGUCACUGCUGGUGCCUCAAAUCUCAAAAAUAUGGUGAACCAGUCCUCUGAUCGCAAAGCUGUUAAAAGCAUCCUUCAAGAGUUUGAACAGAAAAUUCAAGCAGUUGUCACGUGGUUACAGGAGAUUGGCAACAGCUUACAGAACAUCAGGAGCAGAUGUGGCUCAGCUGACAUGCAUGACACUGAGGAUAGCCAGUUAAACACAGACCAUCUGACAAGGCUUGGCUUCAGGGCAGGGAGGGGCAUAGGUUCCAUUGCUGAACUGGUUCGACUAGUUCAAGUGUUGAACAUCGGCAGGAUCGCAGCACAGGCAUCCAGGGCAGUACGUGUAGCAGAGGUAGCAACAGGUGUGCUUUCUGGUUUAUUUAUAGCAGUAGAUAUCUUUUUUAUUGCUAUGGAUGCCAAAGAGAUACACCAUAUUAGACAGGCACAGGACGCAGAGGGGCAUGCACCUUCUGAGUCAGUGUUUGAGACUGAUGACACUAUGUCUACCUUUGACCAAGCUGCACUAUUGCCCAGCUCAGUGAUGCAAGUGCACAAGUCAGACACAUCACAGGAACAGGAUCAGUCUUCCAAAGAUACCACCCCAGUGAGAUCUGAGAUCAUGAGAUUUGUCCGAUCAAUCAGGGAAGCAGCAAACAACUUGCAGACAGUCCUGGAUGAGCUCAAUCACAUCAUCUCAUCUAUUCCUUCACUUGAGGUUCAAAGUGAUAAUGAAUGGAAGGAUAUGGAAUUAAUGUAACCCAAAGGUUCCAUUAAAUCAAAUCAGCAUUUAGGUGCAGGUAUGCCAAGUAGGAAAUUCUGAUUGUGCUGCCACUUAGUGUUUGCUCCAUGCUGUCCUCCAAGUCUAUGCAGUUUCAACAGUUGAUAUUACACUGUUGUGCAAUGGUACAUCACAUUUGGGUGAGGUCUAAUGUACAUCAGACCACACUGUGAUGUUUGUUACGACAACCUUUUUAAAUAUGCAGAACUCAAAAAUUUUUAAAAGGUUAGUCUCAAACUCAGACCUUCUGUCAUCAAAGAUAAGUUUCAAAUGUAAAUACUUUAUUAACUAAAUCAAUUUUUAGAAAUUGUGUCUAAUGAAUAAUACUGUAAUAGGGGUGGGCGAUAUGACGAUAUUAGAUCAUGAAGGAUUACAACGUGAAGACGAUCUUUCAAA